GGUACGGGUAAUCUGCUUGAACAACACACAAGGAAUAUUUGUUUAGUUACGUAUGUUGGCAACUCCGGUGACUUGCAUUUUUGUGCCCAGGUACAUAGACAAUAGCCGAGCACGUACCUUGCCCAGUGCUGCGUCGAUAAAGUCAAAACGCUUCGUACACUAGUGUGGAUCUAUCCGACCAUUACUGACCUCUCAACCACAAGUGCCACAAGUUUGUUUCCCAGACGAUUUGAAGCAACUGUAUAAUUAUUCAUCAUGGUUUUGACGGUGUACGGCUUUGGGAUAUCCCAACCAUCACGAAGCCUCUUUCUGUUCUGCAAGGUUGCCAAAAUCCCUCACGAGGCGAAAGUCGUCGACCUGAUGACAGGUGAACAUAAAAAGGAGCCUUACCUGGCAAUCAACCCGAUGGGUGCUGUGCCUUCUAUGAUCGAUGAUGGCUUCCAACUGUCGGAAUGUAUGACGAUCUUGAAGUACCUUGCACAAAAAUACAAAGUUGCCGAUCACUGGUACCCGAAAGACCUCAAGGUGCAGGCGAAAAUCAACCAGUACUUGGAUUGGCAGCACACUGGUCUCCGUAAGGCGGGUUGUGACGUUUUCAUUGGCAUGGUCUUUACUCCAAUGUCCACUGGCAAGCCGAUCGACGAAGCCAAACUUACGAAAGAUCUGGAGGCGUUCGACAAGUCUCUGGGAAUCAUUGAGAAGGUGUUCCUUGAAGACAAGAAGUUUCUUGCGUCGGAUGAAAUCAGCAUUGCCGACAUAUGUUGCUUGUCAGAGAUGGUACAAGUAACCGCGGUCCAGCGAACGGAUUUGCUGGCUAGUCAUCCCAAACUCGCGGCCUGGAAGAAAAGAGUUGAGGAAAAACUCAAUCCCGAUUUCGCCGAGGUGUUUAAACCCUUGUUUGAUUUUACUGCCAGUCUCAAAAAGUAAUUCAAUUCUAAUACAUCAGCACACUGAUGUUACCCGAUUUGGUGGUACAGUAUUAAUAUUGACCAAACAUUCCACACUGUUUCUUCGUAGUUUGCAAGUUAUUUUCAUUUAAAAUGUGUAGUGAAAAUAAACAACUUGAGCUAUCUUCACCUUUUAAAGGCGUUGGCCUUACCGUAUCUCACUUUCAGUAUUAUGUUUUACCAUCGUUACACAUCACCUCAACGUUUUCCAAAAUUUGUUCUUAAGAUAAACUUAGCAUUUUUGUAUACAAGUUGGUACAACACACGGCGAACUCUCGUUAACGUAUGGAUAUUUGGCUAUUCCCUGAGAGGGUAAUUAUGAUACGAGUUUAUUGAUUUUUCAGGUAUUUUAUUUAACACAUUUUGUACUAUUAGUUCAAAAAAUAAAUCUUUCCUACAAACUUUGCUGCAGUA